AUGGCCGACGCGAGCGCCGAUUCAACAGCUGUUACGCUGUCAGCGACGGACAAGACUCGAAUCGCCUGCGAUGUCGCUGAGCACUUCAUCGAUUCAUACUACACAGCACUGUCAGCCGCUCGCAACACAAUCAGCUCGUUCUACGUCCCUGCCUCGACCGGGACCAGUCCUGCGCAGACAUUGCCAUACAUCGCGUACAAUGGCGAUCUCACACAAGAUCCGGAUGCCUUUCAGGAGAAGUUCAAGGACAUGCCGUGGACACACUACGAGAUCCAGAGCUUCAACGCGAGUGUGCUGAACCCGUGCUUGGAUCCGUCGUUGAACAAGACGAAGAAAGACGCAGAGCGGAAUUUGAGCAUCACCGUCCAAUGCAGUGGAUAUGUGCGCUUGAAUGAACGAAAGGACGGACCAAUGCACGGGAUUACCGACUCUUUCGUAUUGGUGCCAAACAAGGAGGAAUUCGGUGGUCGAGGAACUGGAAAGCAAGACCAGGGUCCCGAUCGGUCAGCAGACGUGCGAAUUGUUCUGCCGUUGCAUCGCCCGCGCUCGUCCUUCCGCUCUACAUCCUCGGACGCAAACACCAUUCCUCCCGCAACAAUGAAGGCGAAGAGACCUGGUACCGACCAGGUGGCGGAGUUCAGUAUCCUCGUCAACGGGGUCGACAGCACCGAAUACACUUUGCCUCUCGUCUCAACUGGCGACCGGAAUAUCCUCGAGUGCUUCAUCGAAAUCCGCCCUGGGGACGAUCUGGUUGUCCAUGGCAAGUUUGGUGGCUCUACACUUCACGGCGCAUUCGAUCUCGUUGUGGAUGGCACCUUUGCUGGCGCUGGGCGAUUCGAUGGCAAUUCCAUCAAAUACAACCGAAUGACUAAGAGAUUCACCAAGGCACUUGAUGGCCGCAAGCCUCCUGGCUGGACAUCAAUAAUGCCCCCAACUAAGCUCCACGAAGGCUACAUGCAAGUCAAGCAGCUAGGUCCAUCGAUCCAGGCAGAACUUGGUCGCCACGAGAUUGAAGACGAAGGAGUUGCUCGCCCUGGCAUCGGAAGCAUUGCAGUAACCGUUAGUGUCAGUCAAGACGAGUUCAAGCACUCCAUUGAGGAUCAGCAGUGGCAUCUCGGCUUCGGCGACUGGCGCGAGCGCUCGCAUUCGAAGGUUCGGGGAAGUGGAAUUCCGCCCGACCUGUACAUUGAGCCUGAAGUCAACGAGGAGGUGAUUACCUCGAAGCGCAGCUUGAACCAUCGUCGUCAAUGGACAGAACCACGGCCAGGGCCAAAGCCUUGGGCGACGUUCAUCUUCUACUACCGUACUCCAGAGACCUUGGACACUGCUGGCUACGUUCGACGGCCGAAUGAUGUGCAUUCACUCGAGCCGUGGGACGACUUGAUCGAUGGCGCGUUUGUGUUCUUCGACAAGAAGGAUCAAGCCACGAAAUCGAAGGCUAAGAAGUCUCUCGCGGACCAGGAUGAUCAAUCCGAUGCCAACAAUGGCGAUGCACGCAACUCGAUGUUCGUCAGUCCUGCGCCCACUGCUCCCCAAGGCCGCGCAAAGAGCCCCAAAGUCGCAAAGAAGAAGGGUAGAUUGGGAGGAUUGCUGACGCUGAAGAAAGACGGUGAAGUGAGCAUCGCGCGGCUGUCCGACGUGCAAGACGAUGACGCGCUGUUGAUGCAGCCGAAUCAGGACCACAAGUCACCACUGGCGGCACAGCAAUCAGCAGCAAACCCUACAAAGACCUUUCUGGAAGAGCUCCCUGGGGCAAACGAACUUUCCGAAGACGACGGCGGCCUCUUCGUGUCGAAAUCUGACAACGGUGAUCACAUGGACAUCGCGGCUACAGGGAAAGACAUCUUCGACCUGAAUGAUCACUCAUCAAGCACGGCAAGACCUGACGCAACAUCGACUGGCGCUGCCAUGGGUGCCGCGCUCUCACUUGUUGGCCAUGCCCGACGAGGCGAUGUCUCUUCUGAGGCGACCGGUAUGGUCAACGAUGAAGUUCAAAGUGACCUCGACGAGUACUUCGAUGAUGAAGCGGCUGGGUUGCCGUUGAUCGCCGAAGCUCCUGAUUCGAGAUCGAGAAGCGGAUUUUCAAACGCACCUGAAGCUACGCGUGGCCACGCGCGUGCUUCACAAUCGACACAUGCAGGCACAGAACCUCAGUCCUCACCUCGUAGGCGGACCACGAGUGUCUAUUCUACGACCCCACAAGCUUCCAGCCGUCCACCAUCGACUGCUGCCUUGCCUUCCAUGGCAGCGCACACUCAUGGCACUGGAGAAGGUGCGCGAGCAUCGUUGGGUAGCCCAGCAGCGAUCAAUGAGCAGAGCGAAAUGGAUCAUCCACGUCGUUCCGCCUCCUCGAAGCCAUCAUAUGCCAACGACAAAGCGGACGACAUACCACUACGCGACACGAUCACCGCCUCUCGACUAACCACGCAACUUUCGGACAUCGACCGCGUUCCCUCCGUCGCCACCAUCCGUGCUGCCAUUCCUCCAGAGGGUAUUGCCAUUGGCCAGCUUGCGAAUCUGCUCAAUAGUUGUGGACCGUUCAAGAAUUUGUUCAUGGCCAAGAAAGAGUUCAACAAGCGCGUCGACGAGGUUGCUGCGGAGAAUGCGCUGGGCACCCGUCUCUUCCCCAGGUCCAGCUCGAAGCCGGCAAUGGCCCAUGGGUCUGCCGAUGCGCCUACCGCCUUGCUGCAGCCCAUCAAGCAGGAGGUCGACGAGGAUGACUUCGAACGCGGCAUCGCAGCGACGAUCGAACACCAGGACACAGUUCAGCCAGCCAUGCGGGCUUCGCUUCCUACUCAGGCACAUGCCACAGCUUCGAUUGCAGACGUUCCGACCGGACAGACCAUGAAUCCGUCUCACAAGCGUUCCGCCUCCGCGAUGAGUCCUGCCACGAGUGCAAGUGAUCCUCCUGGCAAGGAAGCUCGGACGAACUUGGAACAAAUUGCUGAACGCAAGGCUCAAGCAUUACAGCAAAUAGAAGCGACUAAUGCGCGCAUCGAGGCAACUAACAAACGCAAAGCUGCCCAGCGGAAGGCUGCAAAGAAGCAAAAGCGUGAAGCUGCCAAAGCUGCUGAGCGGGAGGCUGCGGAGCGAGAAGCUGCGGAGCGAGAAGCUGCGGAGCGAGAGGCCGCGGAGCGCGAGGCUGCUCUGAUCAGGGAGCAAGAAGCUCAGGCGAUGGAGGAAGUGAAUGAGCUGGAGCGGCUGGCGGCUGAGCGGGCGGCGGAGGCGGAUGCUCUGGAGACGGACGACAUGGACAUGGAUUUGGACAUGGCAUACGACGACGACGACGACGACGACAGUGAUGGAGAUUGA